GCCAAUUUGUGCAUGUUUUGUUGUUGUUUUUGUAUAUAAAUAUUGGCAUCAAAAAUGAUCCAAUCUGUAGAAUUGUCUGUUGUUAAUUGUUGUGUCAGUCAACAUGAAUUCCAUUAUUGUCGUUGUUUUCGGUUGUUAUUUUGUUGUUGGUGGUUCUGUGGCCAAUCCGUUGGGCGAAACGAUCAGUGAUCGUACGGUGAAUGGAACGGACAAAAGUUUCAUCACCAUUAUCGAUCACAUCCUCAAUCUGGGUUCCAUUCCGAAAUGUGCCACCGGACAAGGUCAGCCUGGUCAUUGUACGAUUGGUAAAUGCACAAAUCUGGGAAAUUAUUCGGCGGUCGGUUGUGCUGGUCGUAAUCGUUUCAUUAAAUGUUGUCCGAAUGAGGUGGCUUUUGAACGUUAUCCAUUGGAUAAAGAAGAAUGCGGCAUUCGACCAGCUCGACCGGAUGGAUUGAUUGUGGGCGGUAAAGAGGCUACGCCUCAUUCGUGGCCGUGGGCAGUUGCUUUGUAUCGUGUUCGCGAUCAACGUCGAUUCUUUCAAUGUGGUGCCACCAUAAUCAGCGAACGUUACAUUCUAACCGCUGCACACUGUGUGUAUCGAUCAGCCGAAGCGACCGAUCCAAGUGAAUACGUCGUCAAGGUUGGAGCACAUGACCUUUUUGGAUCGGGUGAAUUCAUGCAACUAGACACAAUAAUAGUACACGAAAACUAUACACCACAAUACCAUAAUGAUGAUAUCGCAUUGCUUCGGCUGAAACGGCCAUUGGAUUUCGUGAGCAAUGAUCGUAUAGGACCGGUAUGUUUGCCUGAACGCGGAUCACGAAUGGGACGCAAGAUUGGCACGAUGGCCACAAUGGUCGGCUGGGGUGUGCACGAUCAGAUGGAUUUCACGCCGUCCAAUACUUUGUAUCAGGUGAAGGUGCCGAUAUCAAGUCUAGAAAAGUGUCGUGAUACAUACAACCGACUGCUCAACAUGAAUUAUUAUUUCGACUGGAACAAUGUCAUCUGUGCUUCCGAGGUGAACGGCGGUCAGGACACAUGUCAAGGUGAUUCGGGUGGUCCGAUGCUCAUAUCGAAAUCGAACGGUCGAUACUACCAGACUGGGGUCGUUUCAUUUGGCUAUGGUUGUGCCGAAAAGGGCUAUCCCGGUGUCUACACGUAUGUGCCCAAUUAUCUGGCGUGGAUCGGAGCUCACAUGAAUUGAUUGGUUUGUGGUUGAG